AGAACUGAAGUAUUUCACACUUUGAGCAGAUGGUCCUCUGAAAUGAGACUGAGUGAAAUCGCAUAGGGGCAAAUGAAACUUGGAUUGAAGAAGUCUGUCAUAUGAAACCUACCUGCCAGAUAGCACUGAGAAAGGAGAUUUGAGAAAUCGGGCCCCAUGCUUCAGUAUGAGCCAGAGCAUUUGAGCUGUAAAUUAUCUGGAAUUAUCUGGGUGAUUUUUUAUGUAGACUAAAAUAAUGGCAGACCCAAGAGUGGAGAUUUCUUCAAAGCCUGUGAGGAGACAUGUGUCGUGGCUAGUAGUUUGUUUCCUAAUUUUUCUACAUUCACUUGAUGUUAGUUACCAGGAAUAUUUAGACUCCAUUUCUGGGGAUGAUGUCCAAAAUUCCUUUGAAGGUUCCACAGCUGAAGAUUUGCACAGAAACGCAUCAGAAAGCCUUUCCAAUGAGAAUGAACUGUCUGGUGAUGGCAGUGUAGUCACAACGGACACUCGUGAUAUUACUGAAUCUCCAUCAGGAUUUUAUCCAGAAAUUGAAAGACCUGAACCUGAUGAUCAACACCGCACAGCUUCUGGAGAUCUUGACCUGGAAGAACCCGGGUCCACCAUGCCUGCAGACACAGAUUAUCAUGACACCAACCAGACAGAUGCUAACAUUUCUGUUUCUAUCCACACAAGAACACCAUUUACACACCAACAAGGAACACCAGUUAUGGAGAUGGAGCCGCUUCCCAUUCAGGAUCUCUCAGAGGGAGAAGUUACUGACAUGUUGGAAGCAUUAGGACUGUCAAGUAUAGUUGGUGUCUACGAAGUGGAAGGAUCCCUAAUUAACUUAAAGGCUUAUCGCCUAGAGCCAAGUGUACAGAUUAGGAGAGAAUCAAGAUUUGUUCAUCCGUAUGGGUUCCCCAAAGAAUUUUCAGUGGUCACAACCUUUAGAAUGAGAGAAAAUACCCCUAACGUGGUAUGGAAUCUGUGGGAGAUAACUGACAGAUAUGACAAUGAGCAGUUCCGACUCCGACUGUAUGGUGAGACCAAUGCUGUUGAGCUCUACAAUGCGGCAGCAGUAGGAGAGGAGGUCAUCACUUUUGAGAAUGUGGGACAGCUAUUUAACCAGGACUGGCACAAGCUCUCACUUAGUGCCACAAAAACCCAGCUGACUCUAUUUAUUGAUUGUCAGCAGGUUGGCACAGCUCCCAUUCAACAACACGGAUUCAUUGGCACAGGUGGAGCUACUAUUUUAGCUACAGGAGCAAGGAGCAAUACUACACUUCCAGUGGACAUACAACAAUUCACAGUCUAUAGAAGCCCAAGUAAGGCGAGUGAGGUAACCUGCUGUGAAUUGCCUGGUAUUUGUGACAGACAAAGUAUUGCUGGCUCUUCAACAGGAUGUCCCUGCCGACCUACAGGACCUGGAUUCUUUGGAUUCCAUGGUCCAAAUGGCUAUCCAGGUGACAAAGGCAGAUCUGGACUUCCUGGAUCUCUGGGUAGAAAGGGUUAUCGAGGUUUUAAAGGGGCCCAGGGAAGACGAGGUGAUCCAGGACCAAGGGGUGAAGAAGGUGAAGAGGGUUCUCAUGGAGAUCCAGGUUACUCAGGAGCUAUGGGUGUUCCUGGACCCCCAGGAGAGAAAGGUGUGCUUGGUGCAAAAGGGAAAAAGGGUGAUGCUGGAUAUUCAGGGCCACAAGGGGAACCAGGACCCAAAGGUGAAAUGGGAGAUACUGGAGAACCUGGUGAAGAAGGCAGUGCUGGGUCCCCUGGAGAGGUGGGUUCUCCAGGAAACCCAGGACCCCCAGGGCCCCCCGGUAUCAAGGGAUUAAAGGGAUUCCCUGGUGAUCCUGGAUUCUCAGGAGAUAUUGGGGAACCAGGAGAUAUGGGAUACCCAGGAUCAGUAGGACAUGUUGGAACUCCAGGUAGAAAGGGUGAAGUUGGAAUGGCAGGAAGACCUGGUAGUGAUGGCAUACCAGGUGGUCAUGGUCCUCUGGGAAUACCAGGAAUAUUAGGUGAAAUAGGACAAAUAGGAAAAAAGGGCAAUAGAGGGGAUCUGGGUCCAAGAGGACCACAAGGCCCACGUGGUUUUCCAGGGAUGAAAGGUGAUGCUGGGCAAUCUGGAAUACCCGGAAAGCUGGGAGCAAAGGGAGUAAAAGGCUUCCUGGGCCCACAAGGUGAACCAGGGCCUGAUGGCCAGAAGGGUGAAACUGGAAAAACUGGAGUUCGAGGCAAACCAGGACCCAAGGGCGAGAAAGGUGAUGUGGGUGACAAAGGACAGUUUGGACGACCUGGCCCUCCAGGACAUGUUGGAGUUGAAGGCAGACGUGGCAUCCCUGGAAUUCCUGGACCACGAGGCUUUCCAGGGCCCGUGGGGAAACGAGGUGAAGCAGGGCAUAGAGGGGAACCAGGACCUGUGGGAGCACUUGGUCCAGGAAUGCCCUUGGAACAAGUUUAUGAGUUGUGCAAAAGUGUUGUGAAUGAACAAUUAGCAAUCUACGCAUCUGCAAUCCGAAGGGCAUGUACAAGGGCAUGUCCAACCAACAAUAUAACACUGAUAGGGCCCCCUGGUCCUCCUGGAUUACCAGGGAAAAGAGGAGAACAAGGUGAAUUUGGUAAUGCUGGAAAUCCCGGUAAACCUGGACCAAGGGGUAGACAAGGAUUAGCUGGAUUAAGGGGUGCUCCUGGAGACCCAGGAGAUAAAGGUGAAAAAGGUGUAAAAGGAGCUCCAGGAGUUGGACUUCCUGGAGCAGAAGGAUUACAAGGACCAAGAGGCUAUCCGGGUUACCCAGGUGAUGCUGAAGGAGGAGAACCAGGUCCGCGUGGGCCAAUAGGAUAUACUGGGCCUUCAGGACAACCAGGAAUGCCUGGUGAGCAAGGAGUUCCUGGGAUUUGUGAAACUAGUGACUGUGGAAUCCAUGUUGUUGAUUUUCGGACCCACUACAGACUUCUGAAAAGACCAAAUUAUUAGCGUUCAGCUAAUUACAAUGGCAUACUGUGGAAUUUUUGCAAAAAUAAAGAUAGAAAGAAUUGAUCAUAAUGAUGAGAAAGAAAACAGUUAACAUUGUAUUUUGAGCACCUACAGUCCACAGUCAAACAGAUGUUAUCAAUUUGAUAAUAAAGGGUUUGCUUAUCUGUUA